CUGAGCAGACGUUGGGUCGGAGCGCUCAGUUUGCUUCAGACAAUCAGGAGAAGAGAGACAGAGUCACAGAGAAAGAGAACAACACAGAAAGACAGAGAGAAAAGAGAGGGAGUGACAAGGGAGGGAGGUAAAUAUGUGACAGGAUGUGGUUUCCCUGAGCUUGCAGAACACCGUUACACAGGCAUACUUUGAGCAUGACCUAAACACGCCGGGCUUACAAGUGUGUUUGAGCUCUGUGAGGUGGUGAAGUGGGGAAGACGAAGCAAACCGCUGGAGCUGCUGCUGCUGACAGUUGCUCUGGUUUCUCUGUUGCCUGCCUGCCUGCAUGCUGGAGGAUUGUGUUUCCUUUUAAUCCAAGCAGCUCCAAGGCAACCUCAGCCAGCUUAUCGGACAGGAUCUGAACCUCCAUCCUCUGUCUGCGCUGGUUUCCCUCCAAGUAGAAUGUGUUUCUCUGCUGGAAGCUCUGGUCUUUUUGCUGCCUUUGUGUCCAAGCAGUGAACUUUUCAGCGCUUUGUGAAAGAGGGUCCGUACACAGAGACACACACACUGUGGAGCCAUGGGCUGCGGCCUGCGUAAGAUGAAACCGACGUCGGAGGAGAGCAGUCCGGGGAAGAUUUACUCCACUCUGAAGAGACCGCAGGUGGAGACAAAAGUGGGCGUGGCCUACACCUACCGCUUCUUGGACUUCCUCAUCGGCAAAGACGGUGGGACGUCCACGCUGCGUCUCUCGUCAGUGAGGGAGCUGCCGGGUCAGCUACACGAGCUCUACCAGCAGGGCUUCGUCUUGGCGGCGGUCCACCCGUUCAUCCAUCCCUGUGGUCCAGAGUCCAACAGCCCUCAGCACCAGCUCUACAGGGCUAUCCUGGUCCGACUCAAUGACGGGGUGGAGAGGAGCCAGCCAGUCUGCCCACCGUACAAACUGCAGCUGGAGGAGUGUCUGUCUGCAGAGCAGGUGCCCACCCCUGAGCUCAUCCAGGGCUACGUCAAGAAGCAGAUCCAGGAUGCUGCAGACCAGGGGGUGAUGUUCGUGGGAUUCGUCCAGGAACCCUAUGGAGCCCCAUGCACCCGUAUUAGACAACCAGACACCCCGUCUCUUUCCCUGCACUCCAGCCCCAGCUCUGUGCUCGGCUCUCUGGGAAGCUGUAGCCCCUCAAACCCCUCGAGUCCCACAAACAAUGCAGAACCUGGAGCUGAAGCAAAGGACAAAGAGGGGAACGAGGAUGGAGCGCCAAACGAGAACACUGGGAACCAUUCAGGGAGUGGGGUGCAGGGCGGUCUGGAUGAGGUGUCGCCUGCAGCGUCGCCGAUAUCAGAGGGAGAUCUGACGGAGGAGGACUCGCCAUGUCACAAUAACAACAAAGACAGAGACACAAAGGAGAGGCUGAGAUACCGCCGGCAGAGAGGAGAUGGGGUGGACCUGCUCGCCUUGUACAACCAUCCGCCGGUUAGAGAGGGCCAGGUGAAGUACUACACCGUCAAGGUGCCGCUGCGGGUCCAGAACUGUGACGAAGGAGUCAAAGGGGUGGAGGCUAACUGGCUUGAUCACAUGACACAACACUUCAACAACGGAGCCUCACUGGUUGAUGGCUACUUCCACCUGGGCGAUGUAAACGAUGUGCUGCCUAAAUCAGUGGAAAGUGUCUUCAUCUUCCAGGAGGGGAGCGAGAGUGAGCCGAAUGUGGCCACCACGACUUACGACGCCAUAGUGGUGGAGCAGUGGACCAUCAUCGAUGGUCUGCAGGUGAAGGCUGAUUAUGUUCCUCUGCUGCAGUCUCUGGCUACAUUUGGAUGGAGACUCACUUGUGUGCUGCCAACUCCUGUAAUCAAGACUAACAGUGAUGGAAGCCUGUCCACCAAACAGAUUGUUUUCCUGCAGAGACCCGUCUUGAACCGAAAGAGGAGAGAGUCCAAGAAAUUGAUCUUCAAACCCCGAGGCAAGUCCAACAAGAACUGCAUCAAAGAGAGCGCCAAGAACAAGAAGAAGAAGAAAUCCAAAUCUGAGAAGGAAGCAGAGGAUCCCAAGAUUCAAGAUGACAGAGAAAAGGUUGAAAAAGAGGAAGAGAAGAGCCGGGAUGAAAGGGCGAAUGCAACAGAUGAAGAGCCAGCAAGAGAAAGUGAGACAUCAAAAGAAAGAGAAGUGAGGUGUGAGGAAGAAAGGAAGACUGAAGAUGGGAUUGAAAUCAGCAUAGAGACUGUUGAAAAGAGAGAUGGAGGAGCAGACACAAAGGACCAAGGAGCAGAGAACAGCAAAGAAGACAACGGGGAAGAAAAGAUAGCGCUGGAUGGAGAGGGAUCAAUAGAGAACGGAGAGCUCGUAGAAAACGGCGAGGGCCUAGAAGUGUCUGACAUCGCCGCGACUGCCGAAACGAAGAACGACACCAAAGAAAAGGAGGAAGAGGGCGUAGCAGAAGUCGAAGCUGUUAUCGAAAACGGGGUUGAGACCGAUGAGGAGAAAGACAAGGACGAAGAGGACGCCAUCAAACACAAAACAGAAGAGCAAGCAGGUGGGGAAGUCAUCACCAAGGAGAUCGUGGCAGAUUCAAACGCCACAUCGACCAAUCAAAGCCCAGACGAGACGCAAGAGUAGCCCAGUCCAAGUCGAGGUUUUCCCCACCCUACCUCUCAAAAAUCUACAUCCCAAGAACUGGUUCCCGCUGGUGUCCCUGAUCCAAAUUAAAGGGGUCUGAACCCCAUCGCUGCAGCAUUUUCCAAAUCCUUCAUGGACAAUUCCCAAGAAACCUGUCAGAGUAUAUCUACAGAACAACUUCAUGUAACCCAAGACAACAGCCCUAUUGUAUAACCACACAUACUGAAUGUAUAUAUACAAAACAGGAGAUAGUGGUGCAGGAUAGUCAAUGUGGAGACACUGGAAUAACUUGAUGAAAAACAUAUGGCAUUGAACAUGUAGAAAGAUGAGAUGAUUAAAAUGGAUCAGUUUUCUUUUGCUUAAAAAACGAAAAUGUUAAAAAGCCUGGUCACACCUCAAUUAUAUAUGGUAUAUUUUAAAGAAAUCUUUUUUCCAGUAUCAUAAUGGAGUUGCUUUUUUCAUCUGAAGUAGAUUUAUCUGAAUUAUUGCAAGCUUGAUGGAAUGUGAUUUGAUAGGAUACAUUAUCUUUCACUUUGAAAAGUAUGACGGUAUGGUCACACCAGAAUAAAAAGAAUAAAAACAGCCAGAGUUUAGAAAUUCUAAACAGGCUAAAAUUAAAAAGUGGAUCUGUUUAUCAGCUAAAAUAGAUUUACACAAAUUCCUUGAAAGUUAUGACACCCAAAUAUGAAAAAUUGACAACUAGUAGCUAUUCCUGGCACUGCUACACUUUGAAACACUGGGAAGUUGUUUAGUGUCACGCCAUCGAGCUCUAUCAGAGGAUAACCUCCUCCCUAAGAAAGGCCUUGUGUUUACAAGUUUGACACACAUCUCCUAAACAAACUUUGCAAACUUACUUUUACUUUAGCAACUGGAAGAGCAAGCUGACAUUGAAUAAGCAAUAUUUCAAAUUCUUUUUCAAUACUAUGUUGUUCAAACUUGGUGAUAAAAUAAUUCAGAGGUUACUUAAUGGCAAGACUUAAACAGAAAUCUAAGCUAUCCAGUUGAGCAAUUGUGCCAGGCUAAUACAAACCUGUUAGCCAGUUAGUUGGUGUACUUAUUAGCUUCACAAAGCCCUGAUUAGUCAGUUGGAACAUGCAUAAACUCGUUGCUAGUUUUGACAUCCAAAUCUUCUCAACUGACAAACAACUAGAGAGUUAUGGCCCUGUCAAACUUUGACACCCAAGGAGUUCAGAUGGGUUUAAACUAGCAGAAGUAAUUACCAGCGUGCUAUCAGCACUCCUCUCCAUGAGAACCAAUGCAGUACAGUGGUGUUGGCGCUCUGCAUCAUAAGCACAAAAACGCCUCAUAAUGCUCUCUUUUGCAACAUCGCCAUGCUUGUCAGUUUCACUUCUCCCUCAAUGAUCAGUCAUAAUCCAGAAUUGGUGGAAAUGCUGAUGUCAGUUUUAUCAACAACAAUGGCAGCUAAAAAUCUGACUUGACAUUUAGAGGUGCAAUGUCCAGGUCUAAUGGCUGAUGAAAACUUAAGUUCUGAUGUCUGUAUACCUGCAGUUACACAGAUGAUGCCCCCUAGUGUCCAACACAAGAAAGUUAACUUCUUUACACAUGGAUGGACAUCUGAUAGAAACUACCUGAUCAAACAUAUUCAUCUGACUGUAUUUCCCAUUAAGCUUAUAAAUAUACAACUCAGUGUAGCCUGUUAGCUAAGACAGCUUGCUCGCUUAGCUAGCUGUCUCUCAGAAAUCAAUUAAAAAAAUGUUAACUAGCAUAGUCCAUACAAAAAUAAUACAAAGGAGAGGAGUUUUGUCAGCAGGAUUUACGCUUUCUUAGUAAUUGUCAAUACCUACAUAAAGCUAAUAUUUAGCAGAUACUAGCACCACUCCAAGGCUAGCAAAGGCUUUAAGAAGUUUUCAUAACCUAUUAACGAUAAGAACUGGUAUAAAGCCCUUUGAGAACAAGGUUGAUGGCCUGUUUUCCAUUUGCAACUGAGAGAGCUAGCUUACGUCAUGAAAACAUUUUUGCAAACUCCUUAUUGAAUUAUGUAGUUUUUGAACAAAAUAUUAAAAUUCAGAAGUCACUAAUAGGUGAAAAUGAAAAAUAAAUCCUUGCACACCAAGUCACUGACAGGCUAAUGCUAGCUUUUUAGCAGAUAGCUUACCAGAAAGUUGGUGUAGCAUUUACUGCGUCAAAUUAGCAUGCCAUAAAGCCUCCUGAACCACAAAUACCCCAAAGCUACGGGGUCAAUUAUGUUUCUCAUUGUUUGUUUUUGGUGUGACUGGGCAUUUUAUCAGAAGAAGUGUUACAUUAAUGUUGUUUUGAUGCAACAUAUCUGGUCUAAGCUUUCAAACUGUUGGAUUAGCAUUAGCUAGAAGACUAAAAGAACAGUAGUUAUGUUUUUAGAAAGUGAUAGAUCCAGAGUUCUUUACUGACAUUUGAAGGAAAGUUUGAGAAACUAAACAAAGCCUAAAUCUAAAGGUUUUAAUCUUGUAGUUGCAGUUUGAUCGGCUGUUUUCAGACCAAGAAAGCAGAGAAAAGACAAGUUUAGUUCAAAGUCUAAGAGGUAGAGUCUUGACAGGACACAGGCCUUCAUCGUGCACAAAACUGACAUUACAAAGACUGUUUUACCAUUUCCCCGUUCCUUCGUUCUCAACGUUAAAAAAGUGAGUUGUGAUGUGAAGGGAACUUGAAGGAGAACGCCGGUAGAGGUGAUGGGAAAGGCGUUUGUUGCGACAGGCAAUCCAAAGUAGGGUGAAGAGAUAAUUGUUUACGCCGAGCUCUAAGCCUUCAAGUGCUUCAAAGAGAGCCGAUAAUCACUCUUUGGUGUGGUGUGCUAAGCUCACCUUGCAUACAGAAUGUUCCAUAAUCAAAGCCAAGUUAGAUAAGGAUGUGAAAUUCAGCUGAAUGUUUGCAGCUCAAGGGCAGAACUCAUAUUUAGACGCACCUAGUUAGCGUUUACAUACGGGGGGAGGAUUUAUUUCAGAGCAAAGUUGCAGUUUUUUAAUUACAUUUCCAGUUGGUGGCCACAAACAAAGCACUUGUCAGGUUAAGCUGCGCGGUCAGGACCGGGCCUUGUUUACUGAGACCAAAAGUGGAGAUUGAGAGACAAAAACAAAGGAAGAGUUUGAGCACUAGAAAGAGAGUAUAACCGUGUGAAAUAAAAGAAAUGAAUAGGCUCAUUUAAAGUAACGGCCGUUUGCGUUCCACAUUCCCUGCCGAGAUUUCCUUCAUUACUUUACCUCCAGCUCUUUAAGCACCCCUUACCAGACAUCAUUUCUGACAAUAACCAAGCCGUAAUGUGCUGUUUCAUGGCAUCGUGUAGCUUUCCAUUUGGAAAAAAAGAGGGCGAGUAGAGAGGAGGGGAGGGAGGUGGCGUCGUUCACGGUGUGGAGCGCUCAUUAGCUCACUAAUGGAUUUUGUCAGUAGGGUGUCUGUCAGGAAUCAUGCAUUUAUAAUGGGGGUCACUUAUUGACAGCAAAACACCUCAACAUGUCAAGGAAAUAGCCUUCAGAUUUUACGCUGAUGUCAUAGGGAAGCAUUUGCACUGAGGAGGGAGAGAUUGUGUUAGAAAUGAUGAUCAAUUUUGUAAAGAAAUCACACUUCAUUGGAAAAUGUAUUUAUUAGAACAUCAAGAACUUAGACUACCUUCUGUCCCGCUUUGUGCCGGCUAUAAUUUGUCAUAAUUUGGCUCUCUUGUUUUAUGAGAAUAGAUGAUAACUCGGUGGAGAAAAAUGUCUCCAUUUUUUAGAUGGAGCUCUUCAAUUACACACAAGUAAGAUCGAUUAUGCUGAACAAGUGCUCUCCUCAAUUAAUUUGCCCGCCGCUGAGAUUUUUUUCGAUGUAAAAUGGCAAAUGUGUUUGUGUAGAGUAGAAUAUAAAAACUGUGACCAGCUUAGCCUUAUGACUAUACUGUAAAUGGCCCACAAUCUGCUUUUAGAACAUGUCCCAUAGAGGCACAAUGUGAUUUAAGUGUUAUAUGUUUGUUAUAGUCCAACAGGAGAGUUUUGCUACAGUCAGUGUUGGUAUUUUUGAAGCUGUUGUUCCCUGUUUUCUAACUGGGGAGUGAAAUAUUUGAAGUCCGUCUACAUGAAGGUGUUUUAUUUUUGAAGAUGUUACAAGCAUUUUAUUUUAUUAAUAUUGUGAAUGUUCUGUUUUGGAGUCGAGAGAUUUUACGGUGACUUGUGUUGCCUCUGCUGUUCUGCUUACGCUUGCUGAAAUGUAUUUCUGACUGACGCUUCGAGCUACCUCCCGAGGGCUGCUGUUUUCUGUUUUUUUUUUAAAACCCGAGCAAGGGGAUCACGGUGUAUUUGACCCCCUGAAACAUAUGCUCCUUGUCCUCUCGCCCUCCACAAUGACGGAGCCCAGACCUGUGAGCGUGAGGUCAUCGCUAAUGGCAGACAAAGUCAGGGGUGUGAAUGAGCCAGGAUGGUUUUUUCCACAGCUGUACACAGGAGUUUGCACGAGCACAUGACAGUAUAACCACUCUGAUAUUGACUUUAGAAGAGAUGAAGUCAUAUCCUAAUAUUCUCUGUGGUAUAUUCUUUAUUUUUUCAUUCCUUUCCUUUUAGCUUUGGGCUGUUUGAGCUUUAAUAAGCACUUAUUGUAUCCGAGAAAUAUUCGAUGCUGCCUCUUGUACCAGAGCUGCUGGGGAGCAAAUAAGACUCAGCUGUUGUUUCCACAUAUUUGUCAGAAAGUGACAAAUAUAUCUUAUGAAAGGCAAUGACAAAAGAUGCCUUUUGAUGGCUGACAUAAUCAAUCUGAAUUUUUAAGACAUUCUUUCAUGAAUCCUGGCCAAUUUAUAUUGUCAGAUAUAUUCUGUUUUUUUAUUUCUCCUGUGUCAAAAUACACAUUUUAUCAGGCUUCUGUCUAUUUUAUAAAAACACACAUUUAUGUCACUCUUCCUGCCUUGGUUCUUUCUGGAUUUAAUCCAAAACUAUGACAGUUAUUCCCCAUUGGCAUCCUGCAAAAACAGCAGGAUCAUAUCCCCCUCUUUUUAAAAGAGAUGAACAUUUGUCACAAUUGAAUGUUUCAGAUCAUCAAAUAAAUUUUGGUAUUAGACAAAGAUAACCUGAGUAAAUACAAAAUGCAGAUUUUUAAUGAUGAUUUUAUUUAUCAAGGGAAAAGACCAUCUAAACCUACCUGGCCCUAUGUGAAAAAUGAAAUCUAACAACUGGUUUAACCACCCAACAGCUGCAAGCAAGCAUCUGCAAUAACUGGCAUUGAGCCUUUUACAUCACUGUGGAGGAAUUUGGGCCCAUUCUUCUUUGCAGAGUUGUUUUAAUUCAGCCACACUGGAGGGUAUUCCCAGCAUGAACAGUCUGUUUAAGGUCAUACCAUGGCAUCUCAGUCAGAUUUAAGUCCUGACUUUGACUAAGCCACUUCAAAACCGUCAUUCUGUUUUUAAUCCAAUCAAGGGUGGACUGGUGGGUUUCGAAUCAUUAUCCUGCUGCAUAACCCAAGUGCGCUUGAGCUUGAGGGCAUGAACUGAUGGCCGGACCUUCUGCCUAAGGAUUUCCUGGUAGAGAGCGGAAUUCAUGGUUCCAUCAGUUAGAAAGUCAUCCAGGUCCUAAAGCAGCAAAGCAGCCCCAGACUGGACAGGUCAGGAAGCUCAUGGUCCAUUUUAAAGUUAAGCUGUUAAAAUUUAAUAUGAAUAAUCACCACUCCUGUCAAAGCAGGAAAAAAUGACUUUUUAUUUGUUUUUGCUAAAGUACAAUAUGGUAUUUUCCUAAUGUGAACAUAUUUUCUUGAAACAGAAUUACCUUUUUAUUUGUAAUGUUGACAUGGAAAGUAAUUUUAGACUUCAUAGCUAAACCAUGAUGCACAAACAUCAGGAUACCAGAGAAUAAAAGUGGAGGGAACUGAAAUAACUUUACUUUUAGAAAAUAAAUUAUUUCAGAAUAAAAGUGAAAAUGGGCAAAUUUGGGUUUAAAGUGGCAAAAAUGGGUGGUGGCAAAUUUGGGCAACAAAGGGAUAAAGUGGAAAAUAUGGGUUGAGAAAGGAAAAAGUGACAACAUUUGGUGGUUAAAAUGGUAAAAAAAAAAAAAAAAAAAAUUGAAAAAAGGGGGAAAGGAGGCAAAAAAACUGGUUAAAAUGGGCCAAAAGUGGGUGGUAAAGUGUUGAACAGUGGUUAAAAAACAGUGAAAAGGCUUAAAAAUAAAUAAGAAUGACUAUAAGUGGCAAAAACAUGGUUUAAAUGUGAAAACAAAUGUGGCAAAAUAUGCAGAAACCCUGACAAAAAAGGGGUUAAAAAGUGGUGCGCGUAAAUUAUUUCAACAUCAAAACCCAAUAAUAGCCUGACACAGCUCCAAAACAAAGUAACUGUAAGCCAGGGCGAAUGCUAGCACAAAUGCUAUUGAUCCAACACUCAUGCAUUCAUAUCAUCAAUCACAUGUGGGCAGAGCCCAUUUACAGGGUUUUCCAGGAGCCUGCCGCUAUGUUUGACUGCUGAUAGGAUGUCCUUUUUAUGAAAUGCUGUGAUGGUUUUACUCUACCGUCCAAGAAGUUUAACUUUUGUCUCGCCAGUCCACAGAAUAUUUUUCUAAAAGUUUUAGGGAUCAUCGAGAUGUUUUUGGUAAAUGUGAGAUGAGCCUCUGUGUUCUUCUUUGUCAGCAGUGGUUUUGGCCUUGGAACUCUCCCAUGGAUGCCAGUCUCUUUCUUAUUGUUAAAUCAUGAACUCUGACCUUAACUGAGUCAAGUGAGGCCUGUAGGUCUUUAGAUGUUGUUCUGGGUUCUUUUGGGACCUCCUGGAUAAGUCGUUGAUGCUCUCUUAGAGUCUUUUUAGUAGGCCGGCCACUCCUGGGAAGGUUCAACACUGUUCCAAGUUUUCAGCAUUUGUGGAGAAUGGCUCUUACCAUGGGUUAGUUGGAGUCUCAAAGCCUUAGAAAUGGCUUUGUAGAUCUGUUCUUGGUUUCUUUAGAUCGAGCCAUGAUGUGCUGCUUUUUCAGAUCUUUUUAGCCUACUUCACUUUGUCAGACAGGUUCUAUUAAAGGAAUUUCUUGAUUAAACUGGUCUGGCAGUAAUCAGGCCUGGGUGUGGCUAGUGAAAAUGAAAUCCGCUUUACGAAAAAUGUGGUUAAGCCCAGUUAAUUCAUAAUUUAAAAAAGAGGGGUCAUUACUUUAUCACAGAGACAGGUAGGUUUGGAUGGGUUUUUUUCCCUUGAUUGAUUAAAUCAUCCUUUAACUGCAUUAUAUAUUAACUUGGAUUAUCUUUGUCUUAUAUCAACAUGUGUGUGAUGAUCUGAAAUAUUUAAGUAUGACAAAUACAAAAAUAAGAUUUCGGGGGGGGGGGGAUGAAUACUUUUACACAGCACUGUAUGUCUGUCAAUUUUACCUACCUUUUUUUAUUUCACAAACACAAAUUCAUGUCACUCUUCCUGCUUUGGUCCUGUUUUUAAUCCAGAACUGUGACAGUUAUUCCCCUUUGGCAUACUGCAAAAACAGCAGGAUCAUAUUCCACUUUAUCUAAAAGAGCUGAGUUUGGAAAAGUCACUUAAGCCGCGAGGUGAUCCUGUGUGACAAGACAGCGUUUUUCCAACUCCCACUACAUUCCUGUUGGACAUCCACAAACACGGAUGAUCGUAACCUUGACUAAAGUUACAACCAACCCCUUAUCCGCCUGUCCUUACCUGAGGCCGUGUCCUUCGGGGCCCCGUCUCUCCCUGAUAAGGGCUGAUUGGUUGCUGUGCAGUCUAACCUUUGACAUGAGUACACUCCAGGGACUGUGGGUAAUUGUGAUUUUUUUUCGUGCGGUGAUACAAAAAAAAAAAAAAAAAAAACAGGCAGAGAGAGGGGAAAGCGAGGCAGGAUCUGACACUUCAUCAGUUAAAUGAUGCUGAACCAUGUUAACUUAUCCGUCCGUGAAAAGAAGGAGACCUUUGACUAAUGUUAGACUCAAACAUACAUUCACAGCCGUCUACCCAUCCGUGUAAAAAAAAAAAGGGGGUAAUUUACAGUUUCCUGUCUUUUAUCAGCAUAAUUGUCUGAGCCUCAGUAGUGGCGCUGGUGCAAUCGUUCUUGGUAACGCUGUAAAAAAAUAAAACGUAAUGGUUCAUAUCCUGUGUGCUACUAUGAUGUGAAAUGAGCAGAAUAGAAAAGACAGAACAUGAAACAAUAGGAUGCCGUCAUUAUUUUCUCUGUGUUGUCACUUAAGCUUGCUCACAGCCUCUGGAAAUCUUUUUUUUUUUUUUUUUUUUUUUUUUUUUUUGUCUGAUGUUUUCUGUCACCUCGGCUGCCAUCUUGAAUGUUCAGUAUCUUUGAUCAUGUGCCGAUGUCACUUGCAUAGCAGUGUUUGCUAUCGAGGAAGAAAAAGUAUUCUUUAUCUUUGCUAUCCUGAGUAUGUCCACAUUCCUAUUGUUC